UCUCGAAUAUACCACCUUAUACUGCGACUGCGAGCGGCUCAAAGCCGCGAGAAGAGAGAAGGGGCCUCUCCAGAGCAAAGAGCGAGCGCCGACGAGAGCAUGUAGUCGAGUCAAAACGCCCUCUGGUGCACGUGCACUGUAUCAGCCAAAAUACGGCGGUGCGGCGGCUCGAGUUCGACUUGCUCUCUCGUGUAACGCUCUCGCGCGCGGCGCACAGCCGGAUAGUCGCGGCGUUCCUGCCGCCGCGCGGACUCUCGCUCGCGCCUUCCCUCUGCUAUAACGCGAUCGCUCCGUCCGUUCUCUCUUUCUCUGCCUCACUCGCUGUCUCUCUCUCUCUCUCUCUCUCUCUCUCCCCGGUUAUAUAUACGUAUAUAGUUUUUGUAUAUUCCACACAUCCAUCUCUCGUAUGUACCAGUGCAGUGUCUUGUUUCCGCCUUCGUACUCGCGCGAUAACAGUCGCGUUCGUUGUUAACGGAGAGCAGUGUGCGAUCAGCCGAGUGUCCUGCUCACGUCCUCGCCGUCGUCGUCGUAGCAGGAAGAAGGACCUUAUACCUAUAUACACACGCGCGCUCACUCACAGACACACAGAGUGGAGAGUCAGCAGCGACGACGUGAAAGUGCCCCCGUGUGUUACACUCUCCUUUGCUCGGAUACACACACACACACACACACACACGCGCACACAGAGCUACAUACAUACAUACGCGUGUCUUUCUCUCUUCUCGCGCGCGCAGCGCAGCGCUGUGCUGCCUCUCUCGGCCCCGCAGGAUUACGUAUAUCCGAGACCCGAGUAUAGCGGAGCCGCUCCAGAGAACGUCUCCUUUGUGCCCGCUACGGAGCAGCAGCAGCGUAUUAUGCCAAGUAGCAGCAGCAGCAGCAAGAGCAGCAGGUAGUGCGCGGUAAUGCCGAUCGUGUUGCAGCGCCGGCGCAGUGCUACGUCGAGGAUCGGUCUCGAGCUGGCGGCCUACAGGAGUAGGAGGGGGACACCGCGGCACACCGCGGAUAACGGUGCACCCGCCGCUCGGCGCACGAGAUCUGCGCCCGGGGCAAAGCAGCAGAAGCGGCGAUAAUAACUCGAGGCAAGUCUGCAUCACACACAGGGGGAAAACUAGCUACUCUCGUCGUCGACGCACAAGGUUAUUAUCGAGCGGAGGUAGAAGAGGAGAAGGAGCAGCAGCAGGAGGAGGAGGUGCUGGAGGAGGAAAGGAGUCGAGUGCCGCCAACAGCGCGAGCUCAGGAUGCUGAGGCGGCCGCCUAGACGGAGGUUCGUCGUCGACAUCGUCAGCCCGGCCCUUGACGAGGGGCCACAGCCACAGACAGUAUCAGGAUCAGCGCGAGAGCAAGUACCCGUGAGUCCGAGCAGCAGCAGCAUAAUCAUCGUCAGCAGCAGUCGAGAGAGCUGAGGAUGUCGGAUCAAGGCGGAUCCGGUACAGCGGCGGCUACGGCGGAACCGGGUCCAGCCUGGUGGCCGCCGGCCCAGCCCUGGAAGUCCGCUGCCGGCUCGCAGCCAAACUCCAGGACACCCGAGCCCGGCAAGAACGUGUCCGUCACUACGAUUAACGUGCCGCCACCGAUUCACGACAUGCACGACGGCAAAAGCGUCUGCAAAUACCUGGGCGGUCAGAACGGCGUGACGGUGAGCGUAGUCUCGAGCUGCGGCGCGAACAGCAGCGGCAACGGCAGCAUCAUCAACACGACGAGCAACAACUCGGGAUCGGGAGAGUCAGCCUCGGUCGACGACGUGGACGGCGACAGCGACGGCGAAGUCAGUCGCAUCGACUUCCGCGGCGUCAAUCUCAGGACCAAGAAGAAGCGCGACGGAGCUCCUGGAAGUCUGAACAACAGUGAGGAUACCUGCGGAGCCAACGACUCGGUGCAUCAGCAACCCGAGAGGCCCAUGUCCUGGGAGGGCGAGCUGUCCGAUCAGGAGAUGUCUUCCAAUACUAUUACUAAUCAGGACCACGAGGAGACGUCGAUGGAAGGCGUGCAGGUCUGCAGCUCGAGUCCCGGUCCACAGGAGCAGAAAUUCCCGAUCAAGCCCGAGCCGGACUUCCGCUCGAGUCCGGGCCCGAUGCAGUCCCUCGGCAACAAUUCCCUCAACGAGACGAUCGUCGCCGUCUCCCACGUUCAGCAGCUCCAUCACGGUCACCACCAUCAUCCCCAUCAUCAACAGCAAGCUCAUCAGCAGCAGCAACAGGCGCAGCAGCAACAGCAGCAGAAUCUGGAGCAGAACCAGCAGAGCGACUUGCCCCUGCUCGUGGGAAAGCUUCUCGGUGGUUGCAACAGCUCCACGCCCAAUCACAGUCCCGUCCUCAUUCCAAGGCAUCAUCUCACCAAGCACAGCCACACCAGAUCUCAAGUCCCAUCGCCAGACUCAGCGAUCCACUCGGCCUAUAGCGUGUUCAGUUCGCCAACGCAGUCCCCGCACGCAGGUCGUCACUCUGCCCUUGGACCGGGUUCCCCGGUCCCCUCGUCUUCGCUCUCCAUGUCGCGGCACAGCUUCAACAACUCGACCUCUUCCUUGUCCCUCUCUCUGUCGCACUCGCUGUCUCGCAAUAACUCGGACGCCUCGAGCAGUUGCUACAGCUACGGCUCACUCAGUCCGCCAACGCACUCGCCGGUCCAGCAACGGCAUGCCCACCAUCAGCAGCUUCAACAGCAGCAAAACGCGCUGCAUUUACAGGCAGGAGUAGCUCAUCACUACGGAGCGAGUGCUGGUCUUGGUGGUGCUGCUGACGCUGGCGAUGCACAUCUUGACGAUCAGGACGACUGCAGGAUAGCCUCUGCGCCUUCGGGGAUAUCCACUAGGCAACAGCUGAUCAACAGUCCGUGUCCGAUAUGCGGGGACAAGAUUAGCGGGUUUCAUUAUGGAAUAUUCUCUUGCGAGUCCUGCAAGGGCUUCUUCAAGCGUACAGUGCAGAAUCGCAAGAACUACGUGUGCCUUAGGGGCGCGGGCUGCCCCGUGACCGUUGCCACGCGCAAGAAGUGCCCGGCCUGCCGCUUCGACAAGUGCCUCAAUAUGGGCAUGAAGCUCGAGGCGAUUCGAGAAGACAGGACACGAGGUGGUCGCAGUACCUACCAGUGUACCUAUACGUUGCCGGCCAAUCUCAUGGGUGGCAACGGCUCUGCUCAAGCAGGCAUGGGACCUGACAAAAUGGGACAGGGUCAAGGACCCUGCAGUCCAGCGCCGCCAGGAAGUGAGCACCAUCACUCUAUGAAACAUCACUCGAACCAUUCCCACAAGAUGCAGGUGGUUCCGCAACUGCUGCAGGAUAUCAUGGAUGUUGAACAUCUGUGGCACUAUAAUGACAACGAUAGGGUCGGCGCAAGCCAAGCCAUGGGUUCGCUCAAUCUCUCGCAGUCUCUACCCAACUCGGGAAUGGGUAACAGUCCAGAUGGCAAUGGUAGCAGAGCGGACUCUCUGGGCGGUUUGAGCUCAUCGAAUGGUCUGGGUAGCAGUAACCCCACGACCAACGGUAACCUGUCCAGCCGAAGUGAGCCAGUACGCCCGGCUUCGUCUAAUUCUUCCACACCAACGCCGAGCCAUGAGCAACAACACUCACCUCCGACCAGUAGCGCCGCGGGCUCGAACAACACAGCCAACGGCAACCCAACUCAGCAUCCAGACUUUCUGUCAAACCUGUGCAAUAUAGCUGAUCACCGUCUCUACAAGAUCGUUAAGUGGUGCAAGAGUCUACCCUUGUUCAAGAAUAUCUCUAUCGAUGAUCAGAUCUGUCUGUUGAUCAAUUCGUGGUGCGAGUUGCUGCUGUUCUCUUGCUGCUUCCGAAGUAUGAGUACUCCCGGCGAGAUUAGGGUGUCGCUCGGCAAAUCAAUCACAUUAGAGCAAGCCAGGCAGUUGGGACUGGCCACGUGCAUCGAGAGAAUGCUGGCUUUUACGAAUAAUCUGAGGCGACUGAGAGUCGAUCAGUACGAAUAUGUUGCCAUGAAGGUGAUCGUACUGUUGACGUCCGACACAAGCGAACUAAAGGAACCGGAAAAAGUGCGAGCGUCGCAGGAGAAAGCGCUGCAAGCACUACAGCAGUACACGAUUGCGAGGUACCCGGAAAUGCCGGCAAAGUUUGGCGAGCUUCUGCUUCGGAUUCCGGAUCUCCAGCGCACUUGUCAAGCUGGCAAAGAGCUUUUGAGCGCGAAACGCGCCGAAGGCGAGGGCUGUUCUUUCAACCUUCUUAUGGAGCUGCUUCGAGGGGACCACUGAUCAAGACUCUGAAUUCCGAUGACAAUAUAGAUGAGAUGGACAAGCAGACAACGAGAGCAUUAUCGUCCUUGUAAUACGGACGCGAUCGUUCGAUGUGCAAACGUUAUAUAUUCUGUCCGUACUGCGCAAAAGUUACAUGCGUGCGACUGAACAAGGUCAACGACGAUGAAAUUUUUCGGACGAAGGAGCUUUUUGUAUCGCGGUCGAGAGUCAAGAGGAACAAAAACAAUAAGAGCUCGUAGAGUUCGAGACGAACUUUUUUACGGAGCCAACUUUGUUUUUCUUUGGUUAUUAAUAUUAGAGAGAAACUUUCUUGGGAAUAGGAGGUUUCUGAGUACUUACGCAUGUGCAGCGAAAUUCGUGAGUAUUUUAGUACAGCUGUUUUGACUUUUAGAACUAUUAUAAUUUUUUGUAUUGAAAUUUUAUAUUCGUGUUUUAUUUGAAUAUAGCAGUGUAUUGAUAAAUAUUUAACGAAAAUUACUCACAAAGUUUGCUGCACAUUUGCCAUGAUAUAUAAAAAUUCAAUUAGAAACAGUAAAUGCAGGAACAUUUUUGCAACGCGUUACUGAUUAGAGUAGAAAUUAGAUCUUAUUAGAUUAUAGCAUAUUUGGGUUACGUAUAAGUUGGCAUAUAAGACACUCCUAUUGUGAUUAGUAAAUUGUUAAAAAUUCAUAGAUUAUAAAUCAAAUUUAUGAGUAACGCUGAGAUCUCGAUAAUAGUUUUUGCUGUUUUUAAUUGCGACUAGAUCAUUUUCUGAUCGAGGAUUAAAAAAAAAAUACUGCAAACACACAUACAAAUUCAUGCAUAAAUAUAUACGAAAAAUCUAAUUUUUCUUUUAUUUUAUUAGAAAAAGACUGAUUUUUCGGAGUAGCGAAUAUUUUUAUAAGCUCUUUCGCGAGUGAUACUUCACGUCGACGUUUUAGAAAUUUUUAUCAAACACGGGCUUACCGUCCCAAGAGAUAGGGUCCGCUCAUAAAGCCCCCGGUAAUCAGGUUUUCUUAGUGAAUAAGUACGCAUAAUGCAGUAUGAACAAACAAGCAAAAUCAUAAAAAAUGCAACAAAAAUGACUGUAAAAUCGCGUUUAGUCCGUAUUAGCAUUAGCUCGUGGUGAGGGGACUACAUUUCUAUAGAAAUAUUUUAGAAGUAUGUAGGCUGAUGAAGGACUUAUAAGAGGAAAUAUA